AUGGCUACCGAAAAUAACAAUCCCAACCCCCCUUCGUCAAAUACCGACGAGACGGAUGUCCCUCAGACCCAGCCAUCAGCUGCGCCUACUAGUGCUACCUCAGCAUCAACCGCGACGGCUCCCUCCUUUUCUCCAAUCUACGCGACAGCUCAAUCCAGCGACAUGACUGCCCUCCCUACACCAGGAAAUCUUCCAGGCGACCCAACACCCACCACCACCGCUGUUCCACCACCUUCCUCAUCCUCUACAUCGCCACCACCUCCCCAGCCAGGAGCCGUCCCUGUCCCAGCUACCGCAGAAGAAACCGCUCCUGAAAUGAACCACCACCAGCAAGAUGAAGCUCAACCUGAAGCUCACCCACCCGCUCCAGCCCCAGCACCAAAGUCCGGCGUCGCGCCUACACCCGCGCCGGAACCAACCCAAGCUCUACACCCAGAACCAACACCCCCGUCUUCGACAAACCCCCCAACCAUAACCGCACCGCCUACCUACCCCCCAGCCCCAGCCAGUGCUGUGACACAAGUUCCCACAAACACCACCGGCAACAUAAACCCGAACCCGACUCCAACGCCUCGAACGGCUUCCUCUUACAACUACCAACCAGGCUCGGGCUACAGCUACCCAUCCAGCUACAGCUACUCGCCAACCCCAACACAAGUCCAAGCGCAGCCACAACAGCCGCAGUAUCCGAACUCGACGACUACCCCUUACGGAUCUGUAUAUACGCCGCCUGUCGCGGGAUCGACGACUCUCCCAUUGCACAAUGCGUCCGGUACCGGUUCGGGUAUGGGUGCAGACCCAGACGCCGAGUCUGGACUGUGGGGGAGCACUAAGUCGUGGCUGCAGAGUGCGGGGAAUAAGCUUGCGGAGGUGGAGGCGGAGGUUUGGAGGAGGAUUAAUGAGGCGCAUGAUAAAUGA